UUAAAAAAAAAAAAAAAAUCUGAAAACUCAAGUUGAAACCCUAGAGAAGGGUUUUAGAUAGAAGCAGUUUUCCGGGGAAGAAGAAGGAAAUGAGUGGAGCAGGAGCACCCGAUUUCUUCUACAGAGAAGCUCAACGCCUUGGCUAUGUCGCAAGAUCCGCCUUCAAGUUGCUUCAGAUUCAGAACCAAUUCAAAUUGAUUACUUCUGGCUCCUCCGUUUUGGACCUUGGUUGUGCUCCCGGUGCCUGGCUUCAGGUAGCUUGCCAGAGUCUGGGACCUCCGAGAAAUGGAGGCUCUGUUUUGGGAAUUGAUCUCAAGAAGGUAAAGGUUCCUCAUGUGCAUUGUGACUCAAGGGUUCAAACUGUUUGUGCUGAUGUAAUGAACCUUCCUAAAAAUAAAUUGAAGUCGUUAUCUCCUAAGGAGAAGGGAUUUUCUGUAAUACUCUCAGAUAUGUGCCCCUUAGUAUCUGGAAUCACCACGAGAGAUGCAGCAUUAUCAGUUGAAUUAGGGAUGCAAGCAGUUAAUUUGGCUCUUGGAGAAGCUGCGUUAGGUGUUGGAGAUGUUAUACAUGGAAAGGAUAACGACAAUGUGGAUGAUUCCACUUCGGUUUCAGAUUGUGAUGGCGUGUUACGACAAGGAGGCCACCUCGUUAUAAAACUUUUGGAGAGUGAAGAUACCCAAGAAUUCAGCCGUAUGUUGAAACCACUCUUCCGAAAGUCAUCCCUGUUGAGGCCUAAGGCUACUAGAUCGUCAUCAAGAGAGAUUUAUCUGAUAUGUCAAAGCUUGAAGGCAAGAACAUAAAUGUUCAAAUUUUGAGCUGACUGCAACUGUACACAACUAGAAUAUGAGAUUGUCAAAGCGGAGUUCCCGAACAGUGUAGCCUCAUUGGAGAGACGUAGAGAGGUUUUUUCCGGAAUUAGUCGCAAUGUGAAUUACUUGGAGAGAUUUGUUGAGUUUGCAGAUUUUGUAUUAGUUGUUUGUAUAAGACGACCUAUUAUUUAACUUGCCUUGUUCAGCAUUAAGUCAAACCAAUAAGAAGUGGCUUUCAUUGA